AUGUACACGGCGUCGUUUGCCUUCUUCGAUGCCCUCUGCGGCGCCGGGGUGACGCACUGCUUCGUCAACUUGGGAUCAGACCACCCGAGCAUUAUUGAAGCAAUGCUCAAGGGCCAAAGGGAAAAGGGCGCUGGCUUUCCACGCAUCGUCACUUGCCCGAGCGAGAUGGUGGCCAUGUCCAUGGCGGACGGCUUCGCGCGGGUCACCGGAAGGCCACAAUGUGUCAUCGUGCAUGUGGACGUGGGCACGCAGGCGUUGGGCGUGGCCGUUCACAACGCAUCCGUCGGUCGCGCUCCGGUCCUCGUCUUUGCGGGCAUGUCGCCCUGCACCUUGGAGGGCGAGCUGCGCGGCUCCCGGACGGAAUUCAUCCACUGGCUCCAGGAUAUCCCUGACCAAAAGGCCAUCCUCGGCCAGUACUGCCGGUACGCGGCGGAAAUCAAGACGGGGGCCAACGUGAAGCAAAUGGUCAACCGCGCGCUGCAGUUUGCGACAAGCGGCCCCCAGGGCCCCGUGUACCUCUGCGCGACGCGAGAAGUCCUCGAGGCCGACCUCGCGCCCUACGAGAUCCAGCAGGAUCAGUGGGAUCCCGUCGAGCUGGGCGGCCUGUCGCCGAGGAGCGCGGACAGCAUCGCCGAGGCCCUGGCCCGGGCCCAGAGACCGCUCGUCAUCACGGGAUAUUCCGGCCGCAACCUGCAGAUACCACCCGUCCUGGUCCGGCUGGCCGAUGCCGUCAAGGCUCUCCGCGUGCUGGAUGGAUCCGGCAGCGACAUGUGUUUUCCCGCCAACCACCCGGCGUGGCUCGGCAUGAGGAUAGGCGCGCACGCAGCCGUCGAGGAAGCCGACGUGAUCCUCGUCCUGGAUUGCGACGUGCCCUGGAUCCCGACGCGGUGCCGCCCGAAAAGGGACGCGGCGAUAUUCCACAUCGACGUCGACCCCCUCAAGCAGCAAAUGCCGCUCUUCUACCUCCCGGCCCGGGCGCGGUAUCGAGCGGAUGCCCUCAUGGCGCUGGAACAGAUCCUUGGGGCGCUUACGGGGGGCCGCCCAGCCAAAGUGCUCGCCGAGGGGGACGCCGCGGCGGCUGAAGAGGCGCGGAGUGCUGCCCACGCCCAGUUUCUGGCCCAGAUAGCGCAGGCGGCCAGGCCCUUUGCCAACGGUAGUUUCGGCACGGGCUACCUGAGCAGUCUCCUCCGUCAGGUCUGUCCAGAAGAGACCAUAUGGGCCGUGGAAGCCGUGACAAACACGACCUUUAUCCACGACAACAUUCAGCCCACGGUGCCCGGAUCGUGGAUCAAUUGCGGCGGCGGCGGCCUGGGGUGGUCCGGGGGCGGUGCAUUGGGGAUCAAAUUAGCAACGGAUGCGCAAGCUGGCGGAGCCGGAAAGGGCAAGUUUGUGUGCCAAAUCGUUGGGGACGGCACCUAUCUCUUCUCCAUGCCGAGCAGUGUGUACUGGAUAUCCAAGCGAUAUAGUAUUCCGGUGUUGACCAUUGUUCUGAAUAAUGACGGCUGGAAUGCGCCACGGAAAUCCUACAUGUUGGUUCAUCCCGAUGGCGAGGCGGCGUCGGCGACAAACGAGAACAUCAACAUUUCCUUUUCCCCGGCACCGGAUUACGCGGGCAUUGCGGCAGCCGCGGGAAGCGGCGACAUCCACGCCUUCAGGGUGAGCAAGGCGAAUGAACUUGAGUCCGUACUCGAGCAAGCCGUCGCCAAAGUAUUGGGUGGACAGACUGCCGUCGUAGACUGCAAGGUGGUGUUGGACUGCUAA